CUCCUCUCCCUCUUUCCUGCAUCUUGCACUUGCCUUGGCAUUUGUAUUUUGCACCUUCCCUUCCCUUUGCACCUGCAGAAAUCUGGAAGGAGAGACCGAAAAGAUUAGAGACGAGAGACGAGAGACGAGAGACGGCAGAGACCAGACCAAGGGGUACGUACCCUUGUCGUCCUUUCCUUUUCCCCUUCCCCCUUCCUCCCCUUCUCGUCCUGCUCCUUCCUGCCCACUGCCCACUGCCCAGUCACUCCGCGCAGUCUUCAGGUCCGUACAUGGUAGUAAGGUAACUCCACUACGACACCUGCCUGCUCUGCACUUGCUGUUGCACUUGCGACUUCCAGGUUGAGGUGAGGUGCUCUUGCGGCUUGCCUGCCCUGUUGCCCCAGCUGCUUUGGAAGGAAACCCCCUUGCUCCUGCCCGCCCUUGCUCUUCCCUUACGUCAGGGGCCGCCUCACCCAGUCAGGUAAGGAAGGGACCUGCGUACCUGCGUCACGGACAGCGCAUCCCAAGCAGAGGAAACACACAGUCGCAGUCACGCAGAUUUGCACUUGCACUUGCUCUUGCUUGGACGGGGGCUAGAAACGUCCCAUCCUGGGGCAUUGAGAAACGCGACACACUUUCCAACCCUCUUCCACGGCUUCAAUGCAACCCUUCUCUUCUGCUUUUCCAUCCUUCCCCUUCUCUUCCUCUCCUGCUACCUGUCUACAUCUUUUCACCAUCCGGCAGCUUGACAUUGCCAAUCACCACUACUUGCUGCCACGCGAUCCAUACAACCCACCGUAUUACCUGCCCGCCGCCGCUCUGACAUUGUUCCAGACCCCUCCAGAUCAUCAUCUGUACCCCGAUUCGCUGUCUUGACGCAACCUACUACCAAGUACACUACCAUCCUACGACGAGACGGGAAGAAAAAAAAUAGGGUCAAAAAAAGGGAGAGCUUCAGCUUAGCUCCCACACCACCCACUUUGCUCCCCCCCUUUAAUCGCGACGAAUUAUCGGCGGUUCAAAAAUACCCGACGAAACAGGACCCUCAAAACUUCGAGAAGAACAACACACAUCGCACGAAUUUAACAUCUGCCUACUCAUCUUAGCACCGCCAAUUGCUAUUUCCCACGUUUUGACGACCUCAUCUCCUUUCGCAUCAGCCACAAUGGCUCUCCUCGACGCUGCCGCGCCGCCGGCGGGGGGCCCGACACUUUUCGGCAUGUCCAUGAAGCAACUUUCCCUCAUCACGCUCACUUUUCAAAACUCGGCACUGAUUCUGAUCAUGCAUUACUCCCGCAUCAUGCCUCCCGUGGGCGAUCACCGAUACUUCACAUCCACCGCAGUCUUCCUCAAUGAGGUGAUCAAGCUGUCCAUUUGCUUGACCUGCUCCAUUGCAGAGGUUUCGCGCACAUUAGCACCGUCCACGCCGGCCACCGUCAUCUUCGAGCAGAUCUUCAACUCCGUGUUCUCGGGCGAUGGGUGGAAGCUCGCAAUCCCAGCAACACUAUACACGCUGCAAAACACACUGCAAUACGUCGCAGUCGGAAACCUGGAUGCCGUUCACUUCCAAGUACUAUACCAGCUCAAGAUUCUCACGACCGCCGUCUUCUCCGUUACAAUGCUUCGCCGCGCGCUUGGUAUGAAGCGCUGGAUCUCUUUGAUCAUCUUGACCUUGGGCGUAUCCAUUGUCUCACUUCCCCAACCUUCGUCCGCAAGCCAUGCCGAAUCGACGUCGGCCAGUAUCCUCCUGCACGACACCACAGACCAUUUCUUUCCUCGCUCCGUGCACGAGCUUGGUCAAGCUGCCGAGGGUGCGGCGGAGGUGGCCCGUGAGCUCACCAAGCGCGCCGCGGACGGUCUCGCGGGCGUCGGCGGAGAAAUCGUGAAGCGGUCGGCCUCGUAUCAGGGUAUCCAAGAGGACCAAGACCCGUCACCGCUCAUGAACUACUCGAUUGGAUUGACCGCCGUGCUCGUCGCCGCCGUCGCCUCGGGUCUUGCUGGAGUCUACUUUGAGAAGAUGCUCAAGGACUCGGGAACCCAUGCCUCUGUGUGGACGCGCAACAUCCAGCUGUCGUUUUACUCUCUGUUCCCUGCUCUGGCAGGCGUUAUCUUGAUUGAUGCGGAGGACAUUGCCAAGCAUGGUUUCUUUGAUGGCUACAACUGGGUCGUAUGGACCGCAAUCGUAUUCCAAGCUGUCGGCGGCGUGCUUGCGUCGUUGUGCAUUAACUACGCCGACAACAUUGCAAAGAACUUUGCUGCAAGUAUCAGUAUCGUUAUCAGCUUUCUAUUCAGCGUUUGGUUCUUUAACUUUGAAGUCAACUUCUCCUUUAUUCUCGGUACCACUCUGGUUCUUGCCGCGACGUAUAUCUACAGCAUUCCCGAUCGCAAGGGCCGCCCGCCACCGAUUACGAUUGCAAGCUACGAGAAGGCAAUGGUUGACCCGGCGUACACGCCAGCCGUCACCGAUGAAACCAAGCUUAAUCUUGACCCGCUCGAUGCGGUCCGCAGCAUGGGACUUUCGACGUCUAGGCCAUCGUCGCCUAUGCUGCACCACCACCGAGCGCCAUCAGCUAGGGGCAAGAACCGCGACGACUAAUUUGCAUCACAUCGUCGCUUCAAUGACGUCAUUUCGAAAUGUUGUAACGUAAACUCGUUGACCGGAGUCGAGAUGGGGGAUCGGCUGGGGAGUACCAUGACGAGCAACAAAAGGCAGGGUAAUAAAAAGGAUUGGAAGGGGGGGCUCGUUUUUUGUGCACCUUUUUUUUUUGUCUUCUCUCGGGUGGCAUGCUCCGGAAUAUUUGGACAUCCAGUCCUGGAAUAGAGUCCGGCUUGCAUGUGAGCAAACCACCCACAUACCACACAGUAUCAUCAACAGCGAUACCCGGCCAGACCGCAAGGUUCAGGCAACGGUGCAUUGUAUAUCUGAGGCCCCUCUUAGGGAGCCGAGAGCGCGAGUGUUCAUAUUGCAGAGACUAGCAGCUGCAUGCUGCGGACGAGCGGUACAGCGCUAGCCGCUCGGAGAAUAAGAGAUUCACAUCGUUAC